UAUUUGUAAAGCAAACAACGACGAUACUUGGCUCUAAAAUAAAUUUCUUGUCUUCAGUUUUUCAUAGUCGUUGCUAGCGUGAAUAACUGCAAUUUGAAAAUUUUGUAGACGAAAAAACACACAAGAAAAUUCACAAAAAAAAUUCAAAAAAACAAAAACAAAAGUGCGCUUAAAACGAAACUACAAAAAGAAAAACAAAAAAUAGACUUAAGAGAGUGAAAUUACGGGUUUUGUUUCUAUUGCAAGAAAAUUUUUAAAACAAAUUAUUAUUGUUGUUUGUUGCUUUAACGAAAAAGCUGUGAAAAAAAAUCAAAGAAAAAUACACCUCAAAAAAAAAAUACAUAAAAAUAAAUUUAACGGAAAAAUUAAGCAACAUUCAUAAUUUAAUAAAUUGAGAAUAAUAAAAUUAUUGGAAAUAAAUUAAACUAAUUUUCCAACAACUAAAACGUAGCUUGUAACUGUAUGAAAUUACUAUGAAUGGCCAAAAGCACAAACUUUGUACAAAAUUAUCCAGUACAUAUCUGAGAAAAUGGUGGUUCACAAUAGGAGUUUCCGUGUGUCUGCUGAUCUUGGGCAUACUGGUGGCCUGUCAGUUUUAUGCUUUAAUUAAUGUGAUCAUAAAUUCUCAAGUGGCUUUAAAGCCGGGUGGACAAACGUAUGGCUGGUGGUCGAAGCCGCCAGUAGAACCAAAAAUUUCCGUUUAUGUCUACAAUGUCACAAAUGCCAAUGAAUUCUUAAGUAAUGGCUCUAAGCCCAUUGUGGAUGAAGUGGGUCCCUAUGUUUAUACAGAAUCUUGGGAAAAAGUCAAUAUUGUACAAAAUGAAAAUGGCACCUUGAGUUAUAAUCUCAAGAAAAUUUAUGUCUUCCGUGAAGAAUUAUCCGCCGGUUCCGAUGAUGAUGUGGUUAUUGUGCCCAACAUACCCAUGUUGAGUGCCACCUCCCAAAGUAAACAUGCAGCCAGAUUUUUACGUUUGGCCAUGGCUAGUAUUAUGGAUAUUUUGAAAAUUAAACCUUUCGUCCAGGUGUCGGUGGGCCAACUUUUGUGGGGCUAUGAAGAUCCUCUUUUGAAAUUGGCCAAAGAUGUUGUACCCAAAGAACAGAAACUGCCUUAUGAAGAGUUUGGCUUGAUGUAUGGCAAAAAUGGUACAUCAACGGAUCGCGUUACUGUCUUCAGUGGCGUGGAUGAUGUCACCAAAUUUGGUAUUAUCGACAAGUACAAUGGCCGUUCACAUCUACCUCACUGGCUGUCUGAUGAAUGUAAUGUCUUAAAUGGCACUGACGGCUCCAUCUUUCCACCUCACAUCAAAGAAGACCGCAUUUUGCAUAUUUACGACAAAGACUUGUGUCGUCUUUUGCCGCUAGUCUAUGAGAAAACCGUUGAUACCAAGGGCGGUGUUAAGGGCUUCCGUUUUACCCCACCCACUAAUGUGUUCGCCGAUGUCGAAUCGAAUCCCGACAACAUGUGCUUCUGUCCAGCCGGUCAGCCAUCUUGUGCGCCAAAUGGUUUAUUCAAUGUUUCCUUGUGUCAAUAUGAUUCUCCCAUUAUGCUAAGUUUCCCUCAUUUCUAUUUGGCUGAUGACAGUUUGCGCACUGCUGUCGAUGGCAUUUCUCCACCUGAAAAGGAGAAACAUCAGUUGUUUAUUGAUGUACAACCUGACAUGGGCACCACACUGAGAGCACGUGCUCGCGUUCAAAUUAACUUGGCCGUCAGUCAAGUGUUCGAUAUUAAGCAAGUGGCCAAUUUCCCCGACAUAAUUUUCCCCAUAUUGUGGUUUGAAGAGGGUAUUGACAGUCUGCCCGACGAAAUAACCGACCUAAUGAACUUUGCCGCUACAGUACCUCCCAAAAUACGUGUUAUUUUGAUAAUUGUAUUCUUUGCUCUCGGCGCUUUGCUCCUUCUAAUAUCGGUAUUUUGUUUAAUACGCAACUCCCACAGACAAAGUACUUUGCAUUUAGAGGGCUCCAAUUAUUUGGCCACCGCACAAAUCGACAUGCAGAAAAAGAAGGCGAAGGAACAAAAACAAAAAUAUUAGAAAAAUUCCCCCAAAAAUCAUUAAACAUUCCCUUCAUUUACUCUCCACCUAUCACCUAUUCACUCUCUAUAUGUAUUUAUCGAUCUGUCAGUCUAUGUAAGCAAUAAGUUAGGUCUUCCUUCCUUCCUUCCUUCAUUUAUUAAACACAAGCAAACAAUGUACUUAUUAUUAUUAUUAUUACGGCUUCUGUAUAAAUUGUGAAAAAAGAAAAAGAAAUUGAAAAAAAUGGUCAUUCGAAUUACUAUUUUAGGGUUAUGGAACGUUUCUUAGAUCGGAAAUUUAAAACAAGACUCUAUUACAAAUAUUUUUAAAUUUAAAACGUUGGUGGCAUAUGUUUUUUUUUUAUAUAUACUUAUAGUUUGUUAAGCUUUCUUUUGUAAAAAGAAAUAAAGAUAUAUAAUAAAUAAUUUAAUACUUUCAAAAGCCUCAAGCAUUCCCUGUUUCCCUGCAUCUAAUUAUACCCACUGUACUUACUAUGUAAUAUCAUAAUCAUCAUCAUGUGUAAUUGUCAAAAAGCAAGAAUGAAAGAAAUUUAAAUAAUUUUCUAUAGAAUGUUCUUUUUUUUCUUAACAAAACAGUUCUCUGUGAUCCGUAAACGAGCACAAACAAAUGACAUUUUUAAGAUCAAACUAUUAUUUUUUUAAUUAACGAUUAUACCAAGUAAUGGCAUCACAAAUUUAUUGUAUAAAAAACCCCCACAAACAUUCAUUUAUGAAUAUUUUUUUUUUUUUUAUAAAUUUCUUUAAACUGUUGAUUAUUAAUUAUUAUAUAUUUUUUUUAGUUAAUAAGUAAAACUAGCGUAAAUAUAUAUUUUUUUGUUUGUUUUGGGCUUAAUAGUUUAUUUACACAAAAAAUAAAUUCAAUACAUUAUUUUUAUUUUAAUUUAAGGUUUAAGGUCAGAAGAGUCACAAUAAAUAUAUGUAUGUAAAAAAAUAACACAAAUUUUUUUAUAAAAAUAAAAAAUAAAGUCGAAACAUCAUUAAAGAAACUGAACAAA